GCCACACGGUCCCGCAGCCGUCCCACCAUGCCGCCUCUUGCUGUCCUGCUGCUUGCCCUGGCCCUGCUCUGCGCCUGGAGGCUGUCGUGCAGUCAGGCUCCCAAGGGGACGGGGACUGGGCGGCUGCGGAGCCUUCCAGCCCUGCCGCUGGUGGGGAGCCUGCUGCAGCUGGCCGGGCACCCGCAGCUCCACCUGCGGCUCUGGCGCCUGCAGGGUCGCUACGGCAGCCUCUACGGGCUAUGGAUGGGCUCCCACUACGUGGUGGUGGUCAACAGCUACAGGCACGCCCGGGAGGUGCUGCUGAAGAAGGGGAAGGCUUUCGCCGGACGGCCUCGCACUGUGACCACGGACCUACUGUCCCGUGGGGGCAAGGACAUCGCCUUUGCCAGCUACGGUCCCCUGUGGAAGUUCCAGCGCAAGCUGGUGCAUGCCGCCCUCUCCAUGUUUGGGGAGGGCUCAGUCGCCCUCGAGAAGAUCAUCUGUCGGGAGGCUGCGUCCCUGUGUGAGACACUUGGUGCUGCACAGGAUAUGGCCCUAGACAUGGCCCCAGAGCUCACGCGGGCUGUCACCAACGUGGUCUGCUCCCUCUGCUUCAACUCCUCCUAUCGGCGCGGGGACCCCGAGUUUGAGGCUAUGCUGGAGUACAGCCAGGGCAUUGUGGACACCGUGGCCAAGGAGAGCCUGGUGGACAUCUUCCCCUGGCUGCAGAUCUUCCCCAACAGGGACUUGGCCCUGCUGAAGCGAUGCCUCAAGGUCAGGGACCAGCUGCUCCAGCAGAAAUUCACUGAACACAAGGAAGCGUUCUGUGGGGACACUGUGAGGGAUCUGAUGGAUGCUCUCCUGCAAGUAAGGCUCAACGCUGAGAACAGCAGCCCUCCUGAGCCAGGUCUGGAGCUGACAGACGACCACCUCCUCAUGACGGUGGGGGACAUCUUUGGGGCUGGCGUGGAAACCACCACCACUGUGCUCAAAUGGGCUGUGCUCUACCUGCUCCACUACCCUGAGGUCCAGAAGAAGAUCCAGGAGGAGAUGGACCAGAAGAUUGGCCUGGCACGUCACCCCCACCUCAGUGACCGCCCACUGCUGCCCUACCUGGAGGCUACCAUCAGUGAGGUGCUGCGCAUCCGGCCCGUGUCCCCCCUGCUCAUCCCACACGUGUCCCUCGCUGACACCAGCAUCGGUGAGUAUUCCAUCCCCAAGGGCGCCAGAGUGGUCAUCAACCUCUGGUCUGUGCACCACGAUGAGAAGGAGUGGGAUAAACCUGAGGAGUUCAACCCUGGCCGCUUUCUGGAUGAGCAGGGCCAGCACAUCCACUCACCCUCUCCCAGCUACCUGCCCUUUGGGGCCGGCAUCCGCGUGUGCCUGGGUGAAGUCCUGGCCAAGAUGGAGCUCUUCCUCUUCCUGGCCUGGGUGCUGCAGAGGUUCACACUCGAAUGUCCGCAGGAUCAGCCCCUGCCCUCACUGGAGGGCAAGUUCGGUGUCGUGCUGCAGGUGCAGAAGUUUCGGGUGAAGGCCAGGCUGCGGGAAGCCUGGAGGGGUGAGAUGGUGGGGUGAGAUGGGGUAGUUGGAUAGUGGAAUGGAGUGGGUGCAUGCCAUAGAGACUGCGCUCUGAGUGCCUCGUGGAUGUGAGAUUGUCAGAAUAAAGCUGUCCCCCGCCCA